AUGAAUUUGAAUUCUAAUGUCAAUGGUAUGAAAAGUUUCAGUGAUCAGAGGCACGAAAAUGAAUCUGGUACAAAUUCCAGCACCAAGGUUGAUUCCAAUGCAAAUGAUCGGGUUGACAUCGAGGAGCAUGUCUUUUCUAACAAAAAUGCAUACUCAUCUGGGAUUGGCAAUGGAUCCAUUGAUUUGUUUGGAACUGCAAAUCAGUCUAUUGAUUUGUUUUCCACUUCAACUGAAGUUGAUUUAGUUUCCACCUCCAGUGAUUUUCAUAGUAGUUCUCAGGAAGUAAACUUAUUUGAGGUUCAGUCAAGUAUAGCAGCUCCAAUCAGUUUUAUUUCAGAUACAAACUUAAACAUUGAACGAACAGAUAUUAAAGAUGGGUUGAACCCUAAUUCGGAUGUUGGAUAUGCUGAAUCUGAUGAUGGUUUUGGGGAAUUUACAAAUGCAUUCUCAGAAAGUGAACAAAGCCAAGAGAAGCAUUGGAUGAUGAUAUGCUUUCUCCCUCUAAAGAAGCAGUAUUGA